UCAGCUUCUCGUAGGUCCUGCUAGAACUUCCCACCCUCUUUUCAGAUCACUUUAAGCACAGGAUAAGCCUCUGUUUGUGAAAUCAGCACUGCCAAAUCCACGUGUUCAAAAAUCAUGGUUCAGGCCUGAAAAAUCAUGAGAUUACUUUUUGUGUGUGUGUGCAGGUUCUUUUAUUUGCCUCCUGGAUUCAGAGCCUUUAGGCAUCUUGUUUUCCAGCAUUUCUCUGCAAUCUUCAGGACUAGAAAUGUACCUUAAAAAAAAAAAAGACGGAGAGUCUCUCAUAAUAACAGGACUCCAGGAGCUGGGGCUUUAAGAAAACCACCAAAUAUCACGAUGCCUGGGACAAAAUUGCAGGAGCUGAUAAUGCCAUACAAAUCCCAUCAAAAUGCCAAUAAAGGAAAGAUUGUGGGUAAAAAAAAAAAGUAACAAUAUUUGGGUUUUCACAGUCGGGUUUCAGGAAAAACUAUGUUGCUUGAAGGAGAAUAAUAAAAGUUCCAAAAUCGCUGCUUAUACUCAGACCGUUUUUCCUGAUAUUUAGCCUAAAUCUCCCUUGCUGCACAUGAAGGGCUUUCCCUUUAGCUUCCUGUGUCUAUGCUUUUAAAGUUUCGGACUGGCAAACAGAAACAGGUGCCUGGGUUGGGAGGCUGGCAUAGACCCUGACCUGCUUCUCCCAGAUUUCAUAGCUUAAAAGGUAGCAGGGGCCAUCAGAUCAUCCAAUCAGGCCAUUGUAUGUCCCCCAGUUCCCCCACCACCCCACCUGCUCUAGGGGUGAGGUGCAGAAGGAUGGGACAGGUGCACUGGCCACUGCAUGGGGUGGUCAGUUUCGCCCUAGAGGGGUUUUCACCCUACUAAAGGAUUAAACCCAUAGAGGUCUCAGAUCCUCCAGCUCUCCCGGUGGGGAUGAGGAAAUGUAGUGCAGGGCAGGAGGGGAUUUAAUGCAGCAAGGACCUUCCUGUUGCUUGAAUCCUGGUGGUGCCUGAGCUCUGCCGCUGGCAGCCCCUGCUGCCUGGAUCCCCCUGGAUCUGCCGCUGGACGCCCCUCUGCCCGGAGAGCCCAAGACACUGAAGCAUCCCCCAGCAGGAACGCAGGUAGUUAUCCUCUAUGGACCGUUCACAGAGCCAAACACAUCGUACAUUGCCAUUAGGGCUACAUGCACCCUGGAGCAACUGCUCAUGGACUGACUGCUCCUUAUGGAGCAGCAGCUGUGCUCAACCCCAGAAGGGACGCAAUCAGAACAGAGAGACUCAUGAGCAUCCUUUAUGGCUAGAUGGUGGCGGUGGUAAGGUUGUGUGAUCCUAAUCCUGACACCAUCUCUCGCAUGGAAUGCAGGAAAGAACCCCGUGUCUCAAUUCUCCCGGACCCCAGCGAAUGGCUGAAUCAAAGAGGUGCUUGCAAAGCAGAUCACCAGAUCCUGAGCCAAACUGAAGAGGACACCCCGCUGUGGGAGGGCGCUGAGAAAGCGGAGUCGCGCGGGGCGUCAGCAGAGAGAACUGGAGGGGAUGUCUCGCAGCAGAUCCAGCCUGGGGCAGGGGGAAACCCCGUGGAGCAAGAUCACCUUACCUCCACCACCCCACUGGGGGCCAGGCGACCCCGAGGGGAUGUCACCCAGCAGAGUCUGCGGGGGGCCGUGGAAAACUCCACAGAGCGGGAUCUCCAAGACGUCACCACCAGGAGACCUGGAGGGGACAUCUCCCAGCAGAGCUUGUGUGGGGCCGGGGAAAACCCCACUGAGCGGGAUCUCCUAGACCCAUCGGCAUCCCGGCGUCCCGGCGCCUGCACCGACUGCGGGAAAACCUUCAGCCUGAGCUCGAACUUGCUGCGUCACCGUCGCACCCACCUGGGUCAGAAGCCCUACCGGUGCGUUGAAUGCGGCAAGGCCUUUGCCCAGAGCCAGCACCUCCUGGCCCACCAGCGGGUCCACACGGGCGAGCGUCCCUUCCUCUGCACCCAGUGCGGGAAGAGCUUCUCCCAGAGCCAGCACCUGCGCACCCACCGGCAGACCCACGGGGGCCAGCGGCCCCACCAGUGCCCCGAGUGCGGGCAGAGCUUCAGCCAGACCUCCAACCUCCUCAAACACCGCAGGGGCCACCUGGGCCACAAGCCUUUCCGGUGCACCCAGUGCGGCAAAGGGUUUGGGGAGAGCUCCACCCUGAUCCGCCACCAGCGCACCCACACCGGCGAGCGGCCCUACCGCUGCCCGGCCUGCGGCAAGGCCUUCAGCCAGAGCUCCAACCUCCUCAAGCACCAGCGCACCCACACCGGCGAACGGCCCUACCGCUGCGAGCAGUGCGGCAAGGCCUUCGGCAAGAGCUCUGCCGCCAUCCUGCACCAGCGCACCCACACCGGCGAGCGGCCCUACCCCUGCCCCCAGUGCGGCAAGCGCUUCAGCCAGCGCCCCCACCUGGCCGCCCACUGCCGCGUCCACACCGGCGAGAAGCCCUUUGCCUGCCCCCAGUGUGGCCGCAUCUUCAGCCAGAGCGCCACGCUGAGCCGGCAUCGCCGCACGCACCGGCUGGAGGGGGAGCAGGCGGGGGAGGCGCCCCGACCGGGAGAAGACGGGGGUUCAGAGAAGGCGGCGCUGUGCGAGAACAGUGCACGGUGGGGGGAGCGCGUGGCCGGGGAGCACCAAUACGGCUACUCCGGCCUGUGACAUACCUUGGACCGCGGAAACAGUGUCACAGAUGGAAAGACCGUGCGCUAGCCCAAACCUCCAGGGAACGUAUCUCCAACUGGUGGUGGUAUUUAUAUCCCAGUAGGCUCCAGAAAAUGCUGGGCAUUGUACAGAUGUUUUUCCCCCUUCUCUUGUAUUAUUUCUUGACUUACUUCCUAUCCUCAGGGAUUGUUGUCUUCUUUGGGAGAGAAGCGAGACUGGCAGAGCUAAAGACCGUCUCGUGCUAGUGGAUGGCGGGGGAAUUGAACCUGGGACUUCGGGAGCUUGAAGCCUGGGCCUGUACUGCCUGAGCAUCUUCACUCAGCCAAGGCUGUUAUGUGCGCAUGUAACCUGCCUGCUACCUCUCGAAGGCAGCAGCACACACUCUGAGUGAGGGUUAAAUCAGCUUCUCUUCUAAAUGGUUGAUUUAAAGCAGCAGGCCACUCGGACUUAAAUAGAAAGACUGCAUGAGAUAAUAUUCCUGGCAACUUUAAAAAAAAAAAUCAACUACAAGGCUGGACUGGCUGGUACGCUCAACGCCUCCGCGAGCUGCUGCCGCCUGGAGAGAUGGCUGAGAGGCAGAGGAGAGGGGUGAAAAUCAAAGGAACCAGACCCAGCGUGAAAAUUGGCCCAGUUGUUCGUCUUUCCUCUUGCAUGCGUGGGUCUGCGGUGCGGCAGUAACGAAGGAGGGUUAUGGGGCAGCACCACGACACCCCCUAGUGGGGUCAUCAUCGGGGCUGGGAUCCAGUAGCCUGAUGCUAAAUGGGCCGGCAUCUGCCGCAGAGCUUUGGAGCAGAGCCCGGAGCUGAAGCACGGACCAGUCGGUUUUUGCCCGGAGCUGGAGUGGAGCCGGAGCGGAACAAUUCAAAAAUUUGAUUGCUCCAAAUCCCUGGUCUGCCGCCUGAGUGAAGAUGGCCCAGCAGGGUUGUGUAUGUGGCCCUGCCGCUAGCCGGGGACGUAGCUGCACUGUCUGCCAGGGUGGGAUGCGACAUUUUACUGACCAAAUGAGCUGCGGUUUUGGCCUCCCAAUCAGCUGUGACCCGGAAAGCCACCGGCCAACCCAGCUUUUAAGCUAAUAAAACACAUCCAAUUAUCACCAA